AUUGAGAGCUGAGCCGAACUCCAUGUUGUAAGAAACUUAUCCUGAGGAAACUUCUCUUUUAUUUUUUAUUUUUUUUUUCUUUGAACUUUUUUGAAGUAACUCUGGGAGCACACUGUGCGCGCCUUUACAUUUAUGCAUACAUAAUGCUCAUAUGUAACUGAUGUGGAGAGCGGAGUGCGAUAUUUAGACUUAGAGGUGACUACUAGGUGAGGGUCAGCAGCAUCUCGGGGGGAGUCGUUCGCAUUGCAGUCGCUGCUAUAGCCGUGUCCAUUCCCGUGUCGCGGAGUUCGCGGGCCCAUGGAGCACACGCCCUCGUCGCUCAUCACGCAGGUCAGCCGGGAUGAGGAGCUGAGCACGCCGCUGCGAGAGAAAGGAGCCCCUGCUCACGUGGCAUCGGCGUCGAAGAAGCCUCGCAGUCGAGGCAUUUUCCAUGGUCUCUUCUGCUGCCUCUGCACGGACGAAGCUGAUCAGCUGCCCGUCAACAACAAUGCCCCUGUCCUGGUGGAGGAGAAUGGAACAGUGUCAAAGGUCCCAGCAAAGCCCUUGCUGCCUCAAAUAAAGUCUAAGGAUGUGGGGAAAAUCUGUGUGGUCAUUGACCUGGAUGAAACACUAGUUCACAGUUCAUUCAAGCCUGUGAACAAUGCUGAUUUUAUCAUUCCAGUGGAAAUAGAUGGAACUGUUCAUCAGGUGUAUGUGUUGAAGCGACCACAUGUGGAUGAGUUUCUAAAACGAAUGGGAGAAUUGUUUGAGUGCGUGCUGUUCACUGCAAGUCUAGCCAAGUAUGCAGACCCUGUGUCUGAUCUUCUGGACAAGUGGGGGGCCUUCCGCUGCCGUUUGUUUCGGGAGUCCUGCGUAUUCCACCGUGGCAACUAUGUCAAAGACCUGAGCCGCUUGGGCAGAGAUCUCAAAAAAGUCAUCAUCGUGGACAACUCUCCAGCCUCCUACAUCUUCCACCCAGACAAUGCUGUCCCUGUAGCUUCCUGGUUUGAUGACAUGUCUGACACAGAGCUGCUUGACCUCAUCCCGUUCUUUGAGAGACUGAGUAAAGUGGAUGACGUGUACACGGUUCUCAAGCAGCAUAGGACAGUAAGCUAACUCAGUCAUGAAGGGGUUUUCCACUGAUGGUGAGCCAGUGGAGCAAGCAUUCAUGCUGCAUCCCAAUGAGACUGGCUGCUGCCCUUGUCCUCAACACCUACCCAGAAUUCCAAUCAUGAGAACAGUGGCCAAUGGAACUUGUGGAAGUGCAGCCGGCAGUUUGGAAGGGCGCUGUGAAGAACUUCUAUAUUACAAAAAUUUGUAUAUAUAUCAUUUUUAACACUUGAAUAUGUGUUAUUCUUUUUUCUAUUUUUUAUUUUUAAGGCAAGGUUGAGGGGGAUGGACCUGUUUUGGAGGGAGUAGUGCUCUUAACUGGGAUUAGAAUUUUUUUUGUUACCAAUAGUGAGACUGUUCUAUCACUUUUUUGUGCUCAUGUCUUGGACUGAGCCCUGUUCAUUCCUGCUUUCUAAUCGGCUGCCCCCAGACACUGAGUUUGGACACAAACAAAUGGCAAUCAUUCAGAAUAGCUUAGAGUAAACUAUUUUUAACCCCAUUUGUUAUGAUAUGGAAUGGAUAUUUUAAUGACAUAAUCCUGUUGAAUUUACCAAGUAACAUGAUCUAUGCCAAAGCACUGUAGUAAGCUUUGAAUAAUUUGACUACUCUGUAUAUUAGCUAUCUUAAGUACAAUUCGGGAGUAAUUUAAAGGUUGUUCUAUCAAUUUCUGCAUGAACUGUUUUGCAUAUAUGAUGACAACUCUACUCUUUUUCUUGUCCUUGUUACUAUCCCUAAAUUGCUGAAACUUCAAAAUAAUUUUCCCUCUCGUUGUAUGUUGUCUUAAAACUAUGUGAUUUGUUUUAGUGUGUGACUCAUUGUUGAGCUGAGGUAGCACAAGAGACGAAACGACUCUUGAAACAGUAGUCAGGGUGCCUUAAUAGUGGGAUCUCCAGCUUUUGUUGGAUGUAACCUUCAUGUACUUGAUUGAGCUCUUUGGCUCUUAAGGAUUGUCUACUCAGCUUCCUACUUUUGUCUCUUGGAUAGACCCCAAAGUGCCAAUUCAUAUGGAUUUAUUUUUAUACUAAUGUUAGGUUGGAAAAUGAACAGGUGGACUUGGCCAUUAAAGUUUUUAUUUUUGUCUAUUU